UCGUUCUCUUGCUUUUCGAAUCACCAUCCGGUCGAAAUGGUCGUAGCUUUGGGGCCCGGGAGGUUCUAUGGGAGCAGUCUCCCACGACCGCGUUUCUUCGCCGACGGCAAGCUCAACGACGAGCGCGUGGAUCCUCCGGCUCCUGUCUUGGAUCCUCUCCUUUCCUGGGCCAACGAAGCGCACUGGUCCAUGGGAGGGCUCAGCUUCCAGCGCCAUCGCCUCCAAGGCCGCAUAGAGGGAUCCGUCAAGAAGCUCAGAGUGCAGCAAGAUCGUUCUCAUAGAAUGAAGAAGGAGGCGGCUAAGAUCAGGAGCUCCGGCGUGAAGCCAGCCUCACUUAAAACACUCGAUUCGGAGCCCUCCGAGUCUUCAGAAGAGAUCGCUCCUGUCACGCCAACACCGCCGCCUAAGAAGAAAAGGGCGAGGAAGUUGAUUGACGAAUUUGAGAUGGUUGCCACCGAGGAGAAGGGCCGAAGGAGUGUAGGAAAAGAUGCGAUAGAUAGCGUUUCUCCAAACAAGGGGAAUGAGGAGGCUGUGGUUGGUGUUUCCUCUCGUACCCGUAGCCGGAGGUCGCCAGUUGGGAAGAAGGGAAACGCCGGUAGUAGUGCUACCAGCACUGCUGUUCGUCGUAUUUCGCCGAGGAGGUUGAUGGCCUGAGUUCGUUUCUUUUCUCUUUUAUGUCUCAAUUGUUUAAUCAGAUGAUUUUUAAGAGCAGUUGCUAUUAGCGAAGUUGCUGUUUGCAGAUUAAUCCUCCAGUCUUUUGGGCUGGAGAUGCGUUCUUUUUUUUUUUUUCUUGUAAUUGUAUU